AUGACCCUCGAAUCUUCGCUUCACCUCCUCACACCUGACCAGCUUUCGUCUCUGGCCCAUCUGCAAAUUUCCGUCCCCGAGCUCUGCAAGACUGCCCAUUAUGCCGAGAUUUACGGUCACCAUUUACUUCCAGAUCAGAAAUGCCCCGGAAGAUACUCUGAGAAGGCCAGAGAUGUGAUUCUGCUGAAAGUGUUGGAAUCCGAAAACUACGACGCUACUAAGGCAGGAGACAAACUACUAACGGUGCUGAGAUGGAGAAAGGACUACAAGCCUAUGGAUGAAGACAGAGACCUACCAGUGUUGGAUGGUCACGUUACUACAGUUGCUGCUACCAAUCUGCCUCAGACCACACUCUGGCAUCGCUCUUCGGCAACUCACAUUCCCAACUCGAUCUACAUUCGAUGGAAGGUUGGAUUGAUUGAGCAAGCUAUCAGUACUCUUGACUUCAGCUCUCCCGACAACUCUUCCAAGCUCACAUGUGUCGAGGACUUCAACCACAACAUGUACGAUGAAGUUCUAUGGAAGCAGCUGAGCACCCUGAGAGAGUUCUAUCCUGGAAUUUUCGACAAGACCUUUUUUGUCAAUGUUCCUCUGAGUCUCAGAAUUGGACUGAGAUUCUUCAACAAGUCCAACCCCGUGUACAACCGUCGAAACUCCGUCAUUCUCGGCAAGGGCAAGGAGUUGAAGAAGCACCUUGGUAACUGGGUGCCUCGAGAAUAUGGCGGAGAAGGACCAGGACUUGAGAUCCAAGGAAGAAAUGUCCGCGGUUAUUCAGCUUAUGAACACCACGCUUUGCGACAUGUUCUGACCACUUCUCCUACACAAUACAGUCAUGCGAAGGGAGACGCAUACCGAGACAGCUAUGGCCCACCAGACGAUGACGAUGUUCCUCCUUAUUACCAUUAG